AUGACUGAAUAUUCAGUUCUCUUCAAUUCUUGCCAAAUCGCGAAGAUCGGAAAGGACGAAGUGAGAACAUUCGAGGACAGCAAACAUAUUCUUGUGAUGCGAAACGGUCACAUUUAUACAGCAGAUGUUAUCGAUAAAGAUGGUCGCCUGGCAUUCAUCCGUCAGAUUUACCAACAGCUACAGCAGAUAGCCGAUGAGACAAAUUCUCCUGCUGUCAUUCCAGUUGCAGUAAUGACGACUACAGAACGAGACGACUGUGCCAGAGCCAUGGAAAUGCUGAGAGCAAAGAACGAAAAAUUGUUAAAAUUGGUCGAGAGCGCAAUGUUUGUUUUGAGGUUGGAUGAUGACGAAGCUCAUAUAAGCAAAGAGAUUGUCGAGGCGAUUCACUUUGGUAAUGGAGGAAACAGAUGGUUUGGCAAAAGCAUUAACUUCGCUGUCGGAAAUUCUUGCUACAUAGGAGCAAUAACCCCCGAAUUGUCGCAAGCUGCACGUAUCGAAGAUGAAUCACGUGAUUUUGAGAAGGAUAUCAUUUCUCGUCUCAAUUUUGUUUACGAUCCUGAUCUUGUAUCUGAAGAAAACGAGACAAAGAAGUUGUCUAGCUUGCUCAGGAGUGAUCGACCGUUCCACCGAGUGAUCUGCAACGACAUUGACUACGCCCUCAUUAAGGAAAGAAAACUGAGUCCGGACUCUAUUGUAAAACUAACAGCUCAGUUAGCUUCUUACGCAAUGUGCAUGCCCUUGCCAAUGGCUACUGACGUUGCAAGUACUGCAUUCUACAAAGAUGGUCAGUCCGCAGUGUCAAUGAUAGUCACUCGAGAUUCUGCAGCCUUCAUCAACGCUGUGGCUAAUGAAGGGGUCGGUGACAAGAAACAUUUGUUCGACUUGAUGACUGCGGCCUCCCUUACUAACCAGAUGAGAAUACUUGAUGCGAUGCAAGGAAAAAUGUUCAAUUACCAUUUUAUGGCUCUGAAGUAUCUAGCUGAAGAACUUGGCAUGAAAGUACCAUUGUUUGAAAGCAAAUUGUACGGGAAGGAAACAAUGAAAGAAUUUAUUAUAUUCCCUAUGGAUUUCAAACGAUGA